AUGGAGUCCCUCGCUAGUACAAGCACCCAGGUCUCAAAUCCCAAUCCUCUCAAGACGGAGAGCCGUCCGUCUCAUUGGGUUGGCGAAGAAGGAACAGCCUUCCAGAAUCCUGGAAGGGCUGUCGGUCUUAGCCAGUCCGAACUGUUGGGCUGUCGUGCUCACGACCGGAGAGAUCAGCUCUAG